UAGGUAUCGGUGCUCGGCGCGAAUCUCGUUUGCAGCCUAGACCGACCCAGCGAUCAAGCUACAGCAUAGUCGUGACUAUUUUUGAAUAGUUACUAGCGCAGCAUCGAUUCCGGCUAGUCUUAAGGUGUGCAGCAAGGCACUGGGGCCAAAGCAGACCAAAACACCAAAAUGCGCUAGCGGGCAAUGGAACACGACCGCGCCUGCUGGGGCGUCCUGCGACGCACAAAAGGCGACGCUGCCUUCCCCGAGGUCAUCCCGCUCUGCGCGACGAGAGUUGUCGUAGGGCGCCGGCCGGAGCACUACGAGGCGCCGGACACCGUGUUUAGGACGGCGUCGGCGCACGACGACGCGCUGCCCGACGUGACCUCAACCCAGAUCGACCGCGUCGCCCUCGAGGCGUCGAAGCGCCUCAGCAAGGUCCACUGCAUCUUCCAGCGCACGGAGGACACAAAUGCCGUCGUCGAGUGCCACACGAACAACGGCUUCGCGGUCAACCAGGCGCCCGUGGGCAAGGGCACGCGCGCGUCCUUGAGCGAUGGUGAUGGAGUGCAAUUACUAGGAGACGGGCCGGGCCAGCCGGGCGUAUCGUACGAACUCGCGCUGCGGGGCGCGCCGACGUGGCGCGCCGGCGCCGUGUUUUACGACGCGGCCGUGGUGGCCGCGCUGCGCGCGCGCGGCGAGACGCGGCGCGCGACCCUGAAGGCGCUGCGCGAGGUCGCCACGCGGCUCGAAGCGGCGAACAACACGGUCAUGCGCGCGACGGACACGCGGCACCGCUUGAUCAUGAAGCGGCGCGGCAAGGACGCGCGCCGGGAGCUCGUCGACGACAUCGCGGCGGCGCGCGGGGCCGCCGCCGACGCGUUCGAGGGCGGGCAGGCGGCGCUCGCCGCGGGCCGCGCGGCGCUCGCCGCCGUCGCCUCCCGCGGCCCUGUCCUCGCCGCACCCGCCUCCGGCGACGCGCUCGAGCCCGACGCGCUGGACGCCGUGCUGCCGACGCCGACGCCGGCGGCGCGGCCGGAGCCCAAUGCGCUGGAGCCCUAUGACGAGGCGGAGCCGACGGACAGCGGCGGGUCUAGUCCCCAGAGCGACGCGGUCGGCGCGACGAGGCCGGGAGGCUUCCAGUACGACGUCUCGCAGACGCAGGACGACAGCAUCUCGCCGCUCACGUCGCCCUCGGCGGAGGAGGCCCGGCGCGCGUCGCAGGCGCGGUGGUACGCCGAAGUGGCCCCGGCGGCGGACGAGGCGGACGCCCGACGAGAGGCGGAGCGACGAGCCGACGAGGAAGCGCGGCGCGCCGAGGCGCAGCGACGCGCCGAUGAGGAAGCGCGCCGCGCCGAGGAGGAAGCGCGGCGCGCGGAGGCGGCGCGCCGAGCCGAGGAGGAAGCGCGGCGCCUGUCUCAGGCGCGGCGCGCCGAGGCGGAGGCGGUCGCGGCGCGUGCCGAGGAGGAGGAGGCUGCGCGGCGCGCGUCGCAGGAGCGGCGAGACCACGCGCUAGCUGUAAGCUUAGUGGAGCCGCCGGCACGCGACUCGGAGGAAGCGAGGCGCGCGUCGCAGGAAAGGCGCGACCAUGAGUUUGCGCUGAGGCUGAACCGCGCGCCGACGCCGCGCGCGCGGGCGCCGCCCCGCCAGCGACACUUCUUCGACGAACCUGACGACGACGCGAGCGACGAGGGCGGCGGCGACGUCGCAGACGACCGGCCGUCGGCCGUCAAGAUAUUCACCGAGCUCGCGCGCGGCGACGGCGACGCGUCGGAGCUGCUCCGGCGCGGCUUGGAGGCGCAGAAUAACCGGCCGGCGGCCGUGCGGGCGAGGCGAGCCUUGCUCGCCGUCGCGGAGGAGGACUUCCACUGGUGGAAGAAACCAUUGGCGACCGACGAGGAAGAUGACGACAGCGUGCCAGAGGUCCCGGGGACAACUAUCUGAAGUCGGCAGCGCUAGGCGUGU